CCGGUUACGGGUAUCCAGCCAUAAACACCAAAACAGCGGCGUCCGUCCCUAACAUGGACCGCAGGAGGCUUGUCGGUGCUGCUGGAACGCUUCGUUGCUGGCUGGCAGCAUUUCUCAUUGGCGUACUUUCGUAGUUUUAGGGUCGUUAUUACAUAAUAAAGAAUUACUCUUAGGAAUGACUUACCCUGGUUGACUCUGCAGCCACUGACGACUGCGCAUCUGGACGGCUAGCUAGCUAGCUAGCUAACGAACUAGCGCACCGUGUUGUAGUUCCAGUCGCUGGUCGUCCUCCGCAGUGAGUCCGAGUCGCUAGCCACUGGCUAAUUUAGCUAGCUGUCAGUUUUUUCCAGCCCUUACAAGCGAUACGUUAGCUCGUGUGGUAGCUAACGUAUAAAGGACCACCGAAAAUGUAAAUUACCAUGCGGCCAAAGAGACGGGAAUUGGCAGUGCCAGUGAUGGCCUCCCCCCUUCCUGUCUCCUUCAUCCUGGUGGUUCUGCUGGUGGCGGAAUCACCUAUGUGCCAAGCAGGAGACUGUAAGGGCCACAGGCAGGUGUUCAGGGGACCACCGGGCUAUGUCACAGAUGGACCAGGAAACUACUCUGUCAACGGGAACUGCGAGUGGCUUAUCAAAGCUCCCAGCAACAACCACCGCAUUGUCUUGAAUUUCACCUUCAUGGAUACGGAGUGUACCUAUGACUACCUGUUUGUGUAUGAUGGAGACUCCUACCAGAGCCCUCUUUUAGCCAGUCUGAGUGGCAACACUUUGCCUCAGCCCAUUGAAGCCAAGUCUGGCAAGAUGCUGCUUCAUCUCUUCAGUGAUGCUAAUUACAACCUUCUGGGUUUCAAUGCUACGUACACCUUCUCUUUGUGCCCUGGAGCCUGUGGCGGUCAUGGCCGCUGUGAUUCCUCGACUUUAAAGUGCCACUGUCAUCAGGGUUGGGGAGGAGCGUCUUGUACAACUCCUCUGUGCUCCCAGACUUGUUCUGUGAAUGGCCAUUGUGACAAGAAAGGAGAGCGCUGUCUGUGUAACCCAGGCUUCCUGGGGCACAGCUGCCAGCUUGGUCUCCAUGAUGACAGUGGGGCAGGGCAGUGGUGGCACGUAAGUGAGGAAAACCCCUACACACCUCCCAGGACUGGUUCUGCUGGCGUGUACCUGUCCUCCACUGGAGCCAUGUACUUGUUUGGCGGAUUUGAUCUGAACAGAGCUCUCGGUGACCUGAUUAAAUACAACUUUACAUCCAACCAAUGGGAAAGCAGGUCUUACGGUCACUCUCCUGUGGCUCGACAUUCCCACACAGCUGUAGAGUAUAUGGGUAAUAUGGUCAUCUUUGGUGGAGAGCUAGCCAACGGCUCCCUGGCCAGUGAUGUCUGGAUGUACCGGCCGCUCAAGGAUGACUGGCAACAGCUUGGCUUUUCUAAUUCAAAUGGAGCUCCCAGACUGGCUAAUCAUGCUGCAGCUGUAGUCGACAGUUAUCUCUAUGUAUUUGGAGGUCGCACCGAGGAGGAUAUGUUUUCCUCUUCUCUGUAUCGGUUCGGCCUGCAUGGCUCUGGGCGGUGGGAGGCAGUUCAGCCCACUGGUGGGAAGCCUCCGGCCACAGCUGGCCACUCCAUGGUGUUUCACAGCCCUUCCAAAACACUGCUUGUCUAUGGAGGUCACAGGCCUACCACUGCCAGGUUUAGUGUGAGGGUGAACAACACCGAUGUGUUCCACGUGGAGAAGCGCUUUUGGACAUCUUUUCGUUCCCGUUUCCCAACGACUGGUCCAAGAGAGAGGGCUUUCCACUCAGCCACAGUCAUUGGAAACUACAUGGUUGUCUAUGGAGGGAAUGUACAUAUUCACUACCAAGAGGAGAAGUGCUAUGAUGAGGAGAUCUUCUUUUACCACUUGGGUUGUCACCAGUGGGUGUCUGCUGGGGAGAGAUGGCUACUCAGUGGUGACGCUGUGAGGGGACGUUAUUCACAUGUUGCUGCUGUGAUGGAGGGACGAGUAUUGCUGGUUGCUGGGGGCUACAGUGGUGUUGCCCGUGGAGACCUUGUGGCCUACAAAGUUCCACUCUUUGUCAAUAGCGAUCAAGGAGAUAGGGACGCUGUUUGCGCUGAGGCACUAGAUGAAAGUAUGUGCCUUAAGAACCCCGAGUGCAGCUGGUGUGAAGGCCGCUGUCGAGAGUACCAACCUACUAACCCGUGUGGCAGCACCGGUUGCUUGGGCCUCGCUCGCUUCCUGUCCGACUGCCAGUCCUGUCUGGUGUUCAGUGGCACUCCAGCUUCUCUGGCCCGUGCCCCUGGUGAAUUUGGCUGGUGUGUUCAGAAUGAGUCCUGCCUACCAGUGUCAGAGCGAAGUGCGUGCCGUGUGGACCAGAUCUCAGGGGCGUACGGCUGGUGGGGGGAGCGUACCCUUUUCCUAACCUCCCUCCACUCCUGUCGCACCGAGAACUAUGUCCCGGGACUGCACCUGCUCACCUUCCAGCACCCCCGCAACGACUCCCAGCCUGACAAGGUGUCCAUCCUCCGCAGCACUACCAUCAUACUUAGCCCAACCACAGAAAUGGACGUAGCCCUACAGUUCAGAGGCUUCAUUCACCCAUUGUGGGGGGGGCCACCACCUGCACCCCCUCCUACAGAGACUGUCUCUAUGUGGGCUCGCAUCCAGAGGCUCCACUUUGAGGCUCGAAUGGCAUCAGGGCCCAACUCCAGCCAGCUGGAGGUGGUGGGUCGCUGGGCAGCCCAGCAGGAAAAGGAGCUGAAGCUGUUGGCUCGGACGGAUGGGAGUAGACUGUUCUCUAACCUGACUCGGGGCAACCAUUACCUUGUCCAAGCUGAGGGCUACCUUAACAACUCAGGUUCAGGACAGACCAGUGAGAUGGCCCUGAUUUGGAACAGAACAUUGCCUGGAGGGAGUGAGAUCUCCUUCCUGUUCUUAGAGCCCUACCGCUCAGGUUCCUGUGUAGGGUACAUGUCCUGCCUGGCCUGUUUGUCUGACCAGUCUUGUGGCUGGUGCCCGUCUUUGUCCCGCUGCCUGCUGCGGGAAAGCCCAGACCUCGAACUCUGCCCUGAGGGGGACAAGGGGGAAGGCAAGGGAGAAGGUCAGCGCCAUCUGCUGUUGGCACCCCAGCACUGCACCUUGUGUGAGGAGUACAGAGACUGCUCUGCUUGUACUCAGGAUCCUUAUUGCGAGUGGCAGAUAAACUCCAGCAAGAAAGGUGACUACCAGUGCAGUCGACGGGGCAGACUAGAUGGAUCCAUACGUGACCCAAGAGGCUGUCCUAAAGUCUGUAACCAGAGAAAAACAUGUGGUGAGUGCCUCUCUAACUCCAGCCAGUGUGCAUGGUGUGAAUCAGCCCAGGCCUGCUUCUAUUUUGCUGCCUACCUCACAAAAUACCCCUAUGGAGAGUGCAGGGACUGGUACGACAGUGUUCACUCAGUUCCCCAGUGUAAGCAGUGUUCAGCUUUAAACACGUGCACAGACUGCCUGCGAACAUUCCAGUGUGGCUGGUGUGGUGACUACAACAAUCCCACUAUUGGAAAAUGUUUGAGGGGAGACUGGGCAGGAAUGGACGAUCCAUCCGUGUAUAACUGCAGUGUGGCUGUAGCUGAAGCACGGGCUGCUAACCCUGAGCCCCAGACAUCAGCCCCACCACGGCCCUUGGAAAUGGAGAUGGAACUGGAACAUUUGGAUGACGAAGAGCAAGAUGCGAUCUGGUCCUACCCCACAUGCCCUGAUGUAGAGGAAUGCAGGCUAGGUCUCCACAACUGUCACCCUUUCGCCACCUGCAUCAACACUCCCACCUCUUACGAGUGCCACUGUGAGAGGGGAUACACAGGGGACGGCACACUGCACUGCAACCAGACUUGUUACAAUGAGUGUCGUGAGGGUCAAUGCAGCGGCAGCCCACGGUUUGAGUGUGAAUGUUCCCUGGGCUGGACAUCUGAUCCCGCCACUCUAGUUCUGAGUGGUGUUGAAUGUGAUGUAGACUGUGGCUGCAACUUCCACUCCACCUGUAUUACUGCUCCAGGGAUCUGUGAUGAAUGCCAGGAUUGGACGACAGGGCCUCACUGUGAGCACUGCCGUCCAGGUAGCUUUGGCUCAGCCCUGGCUGGUGGCGGCGGCUGUGUUCCUUGUGAGUGUAAUGGACAUGGCGACCCUCUCCGAGGAUACUGUCACAACCAGACAGGCCAGUGCUACUGCACCCACAACACUCAGGGACCACACUGUGAGUCCUGCCUGCCUGGUUACUACGGAGACCCAAGGAACAACGGCACAUGCUACCGUCAGUGCCAGGGCCGUUCUGUCCUACUCUCAUCCACCUCCUCCUCCGCAAUCCCUCUUUCCUCCUCUUUGGGAUGGCGGAGUGGCACAGAGGGGAAGGGAGGACUAUCUCAUUGUCUGUGGGUUCUUUCUGUGACUGAGAACCUGGCGCCUUGUCUGCCCAGACAGCUCUGUCCCCCAGUAGCCCUCACUCUACACCCAGAUUCCCAUACACAUUGUGAAAGCUCAUAUGUCUAUGUGUUUGAUGGGCUUCCUCGUUUUCUGGGCAAUGGAGUUGUACAUUCUGAUCACAACCUAAUAGGAGCGUUUUGUGGCACCACAAGGACUCAGCCUGUGACAGUGGAGGCCACCUCAGGUGUGAUCUCCGUCUACUUUGAAGCUAACGUCUCUUCAAACAAGCCUCAAGGCUUCAAUGCUUCUUUCUGGGUACGGCGGUGUCACCAGAGCUCCGAUGACGGUGAAGAGCGAUCAUCUGUGUGUCCAAGUGGAGGCCAGUGUCACGGUGGGCUCUGCCAAUGCUCGCAGGGAUAUGGGGGACCGCACUGCGACCGGCCCAUGUGUCCUCAGGAUUGUGGGAUAGCAGAAGGAAGAGGAGCUUGUAAUAUAUCUCUUGGAGUGUGUGUGUGCUCAGACAACUGGGCUGGCUCCGACUGUUCUGUUCCUCGGGACUCAAACAGCUUGGUUUGGGAAACACUGCUGGACACACAACUGACUGUGAACCAAGCCCACAGGUUCCUCCACAGGAUGGGACACUCUCUGGUGUCUGGACCACAGGGCAACCUCUGGAUGUAUGGAGGGCUUUCUCUCUCAGAGGGCAUUCUGGGAAAUGUGUACAGAUAUUCUGUGUUAGAACAUCGUUGGACCCAAAUGUUGACAAGCUCCGUGGAAGAAGGCUCGACUCCCAGCGCUCGCUACCACCACGCCUCUGCCCUGCUGACCAGUCAUGACUCUGGAGGCCACGGAGCCAGUCACAACUUCAUGUUGGUAGUAGGCGGUGUCACUCAAAACGGUGUCGCCACGGAUACCUGGAGUCUCAAUCUCAGCAGUCUAGUCUGGCGAGAACACAAGAGCUCAGUGCUGCCCCCAGUGGCAGGUCACACCUUAACCGUACGUCGAGACUCUUCUGUAUUAUUGAUUGGAGGUUAUUCUCCAGAGAAUGGCUUCAACCACCAUCUGCUCGAGUUCAGCCCUCAUUCUGGAAACUGGACCAUUGCCCUCCACACUGGCACACCACCUACAGGAUUAUAUGGCCACUCAGCAGUCUACCACGAACAGACCGAUGCCAUCUAUGUCUUUGGAGGCUACCGCUUUCAUGUGGAGACAGUGGAGCCAUCAGGCGAGCUCUACAGUCUGUAUUAUCCUAACCUCACCUGGUCCCUGCUGGUCCCCUCACAGGGUAAUAAGCCCCUGUCCCGUUUCUUCCAUGCCGCGGCCUUGAUCAAAGACACCAUGGUCAUUGUCGGCGGGAGGACAGAAGCUGAAGAUUACAGUAACUCUGUGUCUCUGUACCAGAUUAACUGCAACACCUGGAUACAACCAGUCUCAGCUGUAGGAGAUCCAGUAAACCGCUCCGUAUCUCUUGCCAUGACAAGCUGGGGUGGUCGUCUUUUCCUGUCGGGAGGCUUCAAUGGGGUCACGUUGGGCAGGCUUCUAACCUUGUCUGUACCCUCGGACCCUUGUGCCCUGCUACCCACACCCGAGACCUGCAACACCACCACAGGCAGCUGCGUCUGGUGUGGAGGAACCUGUGCUUCGUCCGAUAUUGCAGAGAGAAUGGGCUGCUUCCCUGGACAGUCUCCCUGUUCCCCAACCCCUCGUCAACCAGAUCAGUGCCGAAGACUGAAGACCUGCAGCGAAUGUCUCGCCCGACAUCCUAAAACAUUCUCCAGUCAGUCACAGUCUGCAUUACAGUGUAAGUGGUGCACAAACUGUCCAGAAGGGGCUUGUAUCAGCAGCUCUGUCAGCUGUACGUCUGAGCACGACUGUCGGAUCAACCAGAGAGAGAUUUUCCUGUCCAGCAACUGCACUGAGACGAGCUGUGAGGCCUCUGACUGCCCCAAGUGUACCGCAUCUGGAAAAUGCAUGUGGACUCGACAGUUCAAACGCACAGGCGAGACGAGGCGCAUCCUGAGUGUGAAUCCCACUUAUGACUGGACGUGUUUCAGCUACGCUCUGCUCAAUGUCUCACCCAUGCAGGUGGAGUCAUCUCCUCCUCUGCCAUGCCCUCCUCCUUGCCACAGUCUCCAUAACUGCAGCCUCUGUCUGGGCUCCAGAGGCUCUGAUGGGGGUUGGCAGCACUGUGUGUGGAGUAUGGCUUUGCAGCAGUGCAUGAGCCCGUCUUUUGUGCCCCUCCGAUGCGAGGCAGGCCAGUGCGGUAGAUUGCUGUCUGGGGGGGACUCGUGCUCUCCCCAGUGCUCCCAGCUCAACCAGUGCUCCCAGUGCAUUGCCAGGCCUCAGUGUGGCUGGUGUGCUACUCGGGGCGGCAAUGGGGCUGGACGCUGCCUGCAAGGAGGACUUGAUGGUGUGAGUGAGGGAGUUUGCCCCCUGAAAAACAGCAGCUGGUCUUUCCUCCACUGUCCCGAGGAGGAUGAGUGCGCUAACGGCCAUCACCACUGCAACAGCACUCAGGACUGCCAUGACCUGUCCCAGGGAUACCACUGCACCUGCAAACAGGGUUACAUCCUCAACAGUGUUUCUGGUCAGUGUGAGCCAGUGUGUGCACAAGGCUGCGUGAAUGGGACAUGUGUGUCCCCAGGAGUUUGCCAGUGUCACUUUGGCUUUGUAGGGGACAACUGCUCUUCUCAGUGCAGCUGUAACAAACACAGCAACUGCGCUGGUGUUAACAAGCCAGAUGUUUGUCUUGAGUGCCACAAUAACACCAUAGGUAAGCAUUGUGAGAAGUGCAAGCCUCUGUUUGUGGGCUCUGCAAAGGGAGGCGGCACUUGUCAUCCAUGUCGGGAGUUUUGCAAGGGAAACAGCGCUGUGUGUCUGUCUCGGGAUGAACAUAAGAAGGCCCUUGAAAACCCACGGCUGUUCCCUCUGGAUCCUAACAGCAUUCAGAAAUGGGUGUCUGAGGGUCCCACAGAAGAUAAUGCAAUGUGUGUGAAUUGCCAGAACAACAGCGUCGGGGACAAAUGUGAGAGCUGCCUCAGUGGCUACUUCCUGCUGCAGGGAAAGUGUGAGAAGUGUCAAUGUAAUGGUCAUGCAGACACAUGUAGUGAACACGAUGGUACCGGUUGCCCCUGUCAGAACAACACAGAGACCUCCUCAUGCCUCAGCAGCCCGCAGACUGACCGGAAAGACUGUUACAGGCAACAGUGUGCCAAGUGCAAGGAUUCCUUCAAUGGCACACCCGUGAAUGGGCGUCAGUGCUAUCGUCAGUUCAACGUGGACACCGAGUGCUGCUUUGACCCCACAUCCCAGACCAACUGCUUCCAUUAUCCUGCCAUUCGGAACCUGCCCAAGGGGCGCACCGUGUUUUUUGCUGCCCAACCAAAGUUCACCAAUGUGGAUAUUCGAGUCACCAUUGAUGUAACCUUUGGUGAGGUAGAAGUCUAUGUUUCCAACUCUCAUGACACCUUCAUCGUGGAUGUUGACCGUCACACGUGGAUUCACACCAUCAAGAUCGAGGAGGAAUCAGCGACUCGGGGAACAACUACAGGGGGGGAUAAAGAUUCACCUCCAUCCCCUAUAAAGUUUGUGGCCAAUACCUCGUCUAGCCUCGGAGGUCCCGUGCUCUCCCACAACCCAUUGCAGCUGCAAGCAAAACCCCCAGGGUCAGAGAGAGAAAUUAGAGAAGAGCGUGCUGAAGGACUCAUUACCUACAUCACUGUGUGGAAACCACAGACAGUGCUGAUUGUCCGUGGUGUUCGAGAUCGUGUGGUUAUCACCUUCCCCCACGAGGUGCACUCCCUGAAAUCCAGCCGCUUCUACAUCGCUCUCAGAGGUGUGGGAACUGCCGAGAAACAGGGAGAGUCCCAAGGCCUGCUGUUUCUGCGACAGGACCAAGCCCACAUCGACCUUUUUGUCUUCUUCUCUGUGUUUUUUUCUUGCUUUUUUCUUUUCCUGUCUGUCUGCGUCCUCUUGUGGAAAGUCAAGCAGUUCCUGGACUUCCGUCGGGAGCAGCGUCGCCACAUCCAAGAGAUGACCAAAAUGGCAUCAAGGCCCUUUGCUAAACUCACCAUAUACCUUGAGCCGGAGGAGCCUCAGCUCAUCUACCUGCCGUCAGCUGGUGGAGGGGUGGGGGGCAGCACUGUAUCGCUUGCUCAUUCCCGUACGAGCAAGUUGGGUGGAGUGGUGGUGGGCCAGAGGGGUAGAGCAGGAGCUGUCUCUUAUAAACAUGAUACAGGCUCUGGACCCACAGCCCACCACCACCAUCACCUUACCUUGGGUGGAGGGGGCAACAGCGGGCAGCACCUGCCACUGCACUACUUGAACACCCAUCACUAUGCCAGCACCACAGCUGGCACCCCAGCCUCACAUCAUCACCACCCAUCCACGUACAGCGGCUACCAGCACUUUUGCCGCUCUGACCCUUUCCUCUCUCAGCUCAUGGGCUUUUCAUAUUCCACCUUUAAAGUUGGGCCCAUCACUCUGGAGCCUACAGAUGAUGGCAUGGCUGGGGUGGCCACUGUCCUCUUCCAGCUGCCCGGGGGUGUCCUGGCUCCAAAUCGUGCCUGUCUGGGCUCUGCACUGGUUACUUUGCGUCAGAACCUGCAGGAAUACUGUGGCCACGGCAACGGAGGAGGGCAUCCGGGGGCGGGUGCAGGGCGCAAGGGACUGCUAGGGCAUCAGCACCUGACCACUAUGGCGAUGUAGGUAAACAAGCAAAAGAUAUAAGAGAGAUGGAAUACGUAUGUAAAGUGUUUGGUAUAUAUGGUAAAUUAAUUUUUUCUUUUUCUUUUUGAAAGAAACAUAGUCACAAGGCAAAGUCCAAAAGAAAGCAUUAUGUCAGAGUCAACUUGAGCAUUUUGAACAGAGAUGUACAUACACUGUAUAAUGAAUCAAUAAGUGUCUUUUAUUGUAUUAUGUAUUGCUUUACUGUAUUUCAGUGCUUCACAUGACCAAGCCAGCUGUCUCUAGAAUGCACUACAACUGCUAUACGUAUCAAAAAGAUAAUGUCGCAUCGUGUCUGUGAUCACUGAACAGGUAUGAGCACACUCAACAGUCAGUCUAUUAUUCUCAUUGACCAACAGGGGUGUAAAAAAAUAAAAUACAUCUGCUCGCUUUGGAACCAAUGUGUGCUUUAAACCUCAAAAAAGUGACAAUCAAAAAUUGCCAUUGAGAACAAAAGACUUGAAUUGGUUCAGCGUAAUGUGCAAGAUUUUGAUUGUCAGUGCAGCGCAGGAAAAAAAAGUCAAAGUUGCUCGUGAAACGGUUUUUAUAUCAUAGUCAUAUGAGUGAUUUAUAAUUGUAACUCAGUAUACGGCAGGCUUCUAAGCUACAUGUUUCUGUUAAACAGACUCCUGAGUAUGUUUUUGCAUAUUCGUUCACCUGCUCUGUUACAUUAUUUGUCUUUCUGCUCAUCUGCCUUCACUUCUUGCCUUGUCUGUGAGUCAACCGGCUUACACUUAAUACUCGUGGUGACGGAAACGUUUGUGGUGCAGCACCUGGAAGAUGUAAAAAAAAAAAAAACAUUUUACAUUUUGUUUCAUGAUUUGUUUUCUUGUAAAACAGCUGAAGGAUAAUGUUUUCAAUAUUAGUGACACUAAUAAUUUAAUGACAACAGAACUCGUCCAUGAAAAUGAAGAAAUGAUGUGUCCUUUUUCAACAUUUAAUUACAUUUUGUUUAUGUGAAAUGUAUGUUGGUGUUUGGCGUGUUUUGCUGGACUGCUUUUUUUUCAGGCAACUUGUCUGCUUAGGUGAUUGUAUUCGCCAAUUGUAGCUACGAUUUGGUUUUAAAGAGAAAAAAAAACAGGAAAAAUGUUACUCAGUUGAAAUUACAGAGAGAGUGGAAAGAGUUACAUGAGAAAGUUCUCCUGGUGAGAGAAGAGAAGGGAAGAUUACACAGCAUUAUCGACUGAAUUACUUGUUCACUGUUGACGUAAGUGUUUUUGUUCUCCUUUUUUGCACUGCGUGGAGCCAAUGAGCCCCAUUAUUCAUGUGAAAUGUGAUAGAGGGGUGUCAUCCAGCCUGAGAUGACACACGUUGUCAUGGACGAACUCAGAAUGCUACUGGCUUCUUAUCAAAUACACUAAAACAUGAGAGAUUUUUUUUAUUUCUUCAUGAACUGCAGCAUAAUUAAGCAAACUGAAGCUCAAAUGAAUACUGUACUAUUUAUAGCAGCCAUCCACAAUAAGCAUUAAUACAGUUUGGGUUUUUUUUGUCUUGUAUCUUUGUGUAUGGUUUUUUUUUUUUUUUUUAACAUACUUUAUUUUUGUACAUAACUUUCGUUGUGAUUGUUUUUUUGUUUUCAAAGAAGGGAACCGUGUUGUACAGAAGAUUGCGUGAAGAUUCUGUCUUGAGUCAGCUGAAAUAAAGUCUGUGGAACAUGA